AAGUUGCGGGGUGUGCAAAAUGGCGGUGAAGGAAUUCAUGCAUGGUCAAAGUUGAGAACAAAAAUAACUGUGAUUGUAGUUCUUUUACAAAAUUAUGGCAUCAGAGGAUAGAGAAUUAGAACUGGAGGACGGGGAAAUAAACGAUCUCGAAGAUGGUGAAAUAGACGAAGAUGUACCUUCGGCAAGGGAAUCAAAUAACAACGAUUUGUAUCUCCUAACACAUCGUCAUGAUCAGUACUCGACACGCGAGCAGUACUCGAGCGAUAACCCAUUUGAAACGAAGAUUCGUGAUUUUGGAUUUCAACAAUUUAAUCCUCCACCUGAUCGGUGGGAAACGCGAGGUGGAUCUUUCGGUUCUUUUCGCGGAAGAUUUUCUCGACAAAGAGGCCGGGGAAGAGGGAAAGUAUUUCGCGGAAAUGGACGAGAAAAGACUUAUCCCACGAGAAGAGGAAAUAUGCGCAGACCUUUUCUUCAAAGACCCAAUUUACCUUAUCCCUUGUCCAUUGAGAGAGCAAGACCUGCAUACCCUGAUGAAAGAUUACCUUCAUAUACAGAGAGUGAAGGAGCAAGAAUCAUAACUCCACUUGAGACCAGACCACGAUCACAACUCGAGGAAAGGAGGCAAAUUUAUUUGGAUACUGAUAGGCCAAGGCUGCCUCGUCCGUCACCUUCAGAGAGACAUGUACAAAGACUGCCUCUAAUGGAGCUAGAUGAGAAAUCACAACCAUUUCAGAGAGAGAUGAGUCCAUCAGCUCCUGAUGCCCAUCAAGAACAACCUAGAAGAGUGCCAUCCCCUUUUGAUGAGGAAUUUGAUGAUUAUAGGAUUCUACUACAACGUCAUCGCCUGAUUCAACAACAGCUUGCUGCCCUCGAGAAUCAGGAAAACUCAUCUGCGGGUGAAGACAAUAUCAUUGAUGACACUUUCAUAGAUAUCCCUGUGGAGGAUACAAAAUCUGAUUUGCCAAUAGAAAAUGAAAAUGGCCAUGAAAAUUUUGAGAGUAGGAGACAGAAUACUUUGUAUUUACCUGCUGAUAUGAAUUUGCUACACAUGGGAAGUGGUAAUGAAAUGGAUGAUAUGGAGGGAGCCAGUGAGAUAUUGGAUAGUGAACCAACUGCUGAACCAGCACAACCAAAACCAUUUCUCCCUUUUAGAAUAAAACCUCUUUACACCAGUGUGCCUUCGAUCAAAGAAUUAAGCCAGAAAGAUCUGGAACAAAGGAAGGUUAAGGUGGAAGAUUCAAUUGUAAUGGAUAAUAGUAGAGCCGAUGACCUGGAAACUAUGUCAAGAACUAGAGAGAGUGUACCAAUGUCUAAGAUAAGGAAAAAUCGCAGGAAAAGAAAGAGAAAGGUAUUUCAAGGAUCAGUGCAAAAUAAUGUAAACAGUCAAAAGCCUAGAGCUGCUGGUUCUAAUCAAGGCCCACAUGUUGACCCUCAUAAUGAACUGGAGGCAAGACUUAUGUCCCUCGCAGGAAGCUCUGUUUCAGUGGAGUGUAACAGGGAGGACAUCAACAAGAAACAGGAGCGACGGGAAAGACUUCGGCAGUGGCAGGAAAAGAUGAACACUGACAGGUUUUCUGACCAAAGGAAUCAACAGGGAAACAAAGGGCGCAGCAAAAAGAAGUUGACCAAAUCUGUUAAAGGCAGGAGAAGAAGCUCUGGUGUAAAGUUGGCUGGAACUGAGAUGGGAGGGGACAGAGAUUCACCCUCAAAAGAAGGUGAUCCUGCUUUGUUUGAAAAUGAUGAUUACUUUGAGAUACCUAUGGAUUUGGAGAGUGACUCAACAGAUGGCCCAGCUCUUCCAUUAAUAGAUGAACCAGCAGAAGAUUUUCCCCCACCACCCCCACCCUUAGCUGGUGGAGAAUCAGGUACUUCUCUUUAUGCGGAUCCUGGGCAGUCAUCACUUAUGAUGUACCCAACAGGAUAUAUCCAGAACUAUGGUGACUGGUUUGCUGGUUCAGCUCCAUUAAUGGCGGCAGGCCAUGAGGACCAACACUUUCAAUAUCAAGAAAUUUUGGGCAAGGAGUCACAUCCAUUAGAGGUCGAAAGCACCAAGGAGCUGCCACAGAUUGAUAGUAGGGAUGUUUCAAGUCAAGACAAUUCAGAUGAGGAUGAUGAAGUUGCCCUCAGGGAACAGCUGCUAAAAUCUUUAGCAGUAAAAAGGAAGGCUAAAAUUGAUGCUGGGAAGGGGGAAGAAUCUGUCAAGAAUGGGUCAGGUUCUAAGAGUCAAAGCCCAAAGGCAUCAAAAAUAACAACAAACGCUGUAAAACAAGUAAAACAGCAACAGGAUUCCAGACAGGUGGCAUUUGUUGCUCCUCCUAAACAUGACCCUGUGGUAAUUAAGCUAGGAGAGGAUUCUGACAGUGAUGAAUCUGAUGCAUCUGAUACAGAAUCUGUCAAAAAAUCUGUCCCAAACAAGAAAAAAUCUGUGGGUGGAGGCUUAUUUGGAGGACUAGAAAUGAUGAUUAAGGAAGCCAGGAAGUCUGCUGAGGCCUCUAAAGUGAAAGCAACAGAAAAAUCACAUGCUGGUGAAGGAACACAGAAAGGAAAAACAGACCAUGUGUCACCAGAACCAACCACUCCAGAUGCAAUGGCUCACAUGCCAGAGCAAAUGAAGACAGAGUACAAAAGACUGAAGGAACAACUAGCCUUGCAUGAGAGUAAAACAAGACAGCCACUUACUACUGUUAAUCAGGAAAAAGAAGCCAUGUCACUACCUGUAACACCUGAAAAUGAAGAAAGAAAUGAAAUAAAAGAGGAUGACAGUCAUUUGAAAGAACUACACAGUUAUGUCACUGGUUGUGAAGAGAAUCUUGCUAAGCAUAAGAAGGUUAUCCAAAAAGAAAAGGUCACUCUGAAUAAACUGUUGAGUGAGCUUCUUCAGAGAAAGCAUUCUCUUGCGGCUCAAGAGGAAAAUGUGCGAAAACUUCAAAAGGAACUUGAGGCUGCUCAGAAAGUUAGUCUUGCCAAUAAGAUUUUUAUGAAUAAGCUCAGAUCAAGGACAAAGCUGGUCAAAGAUAGACUUGGCAAGAGACAACUUGCUUCAAGUAGCUUUGAAGAGGAACUCCUCAGAGCCAAAAGUAUUAUUUCAGCAGUGAAAAGGAAAAUGCCCAUGGCAGGGGAAGCAGGGUCUGGGCGAAAUAGCCCUCAAGUGGAAUUGCUGGGCAAUGUCAGCAAUGAAAACCAGAAAUUCACAAUUAGUCCAGCUGCUGCUUGGGAGAUCAAAAACUCACUAGAGGCUAAACUUGAAAAACUGUCCACCUUCACAAAACAGGAAAUAACAAUGAAGAGAAAACUUGAUGUCAGUGAAUCAUCCUCAGAAGGAAUUUUGGCCAAGAAAGCAAAGCAAGUACUCAAAACACCUCAGGGAAGUCCAGCAAAUUCAGCAACCAAUACUCCAAAAAAAUCACCUGUGGCAGAACGUAUUGCUCAGGAAAAAGCCAGGUUGAAAAAACUUGAGCACGAGCUUUCUGAAAAACUCAAACAGUUUGGAAGAGAACGUGAAGGAGACAGAGACUCUGCUUUAAAGGCAUCAGGAGAAGUACUUCAGAGUAUCACAGACAGUUCUGAUGCCAAGGCAAUAGAGAUAAAGGAGAAGAAACCUAAAGCUGGUACAAGUUGCGAUAAUACAAGUCAUCAUGAGUCACAGGGACAAGGUUUUGAUUCAAGGGGAGCAAAUGGUCAGUUUCUCCCAGAGGCCACACCUUUUAUAGAUGGCAAAACACCAACAACAUUUGCGUUGGACAUAACUAACCAGCAAUUGGAACACGUGAGAAAAUUGCAGGCUGAAAAGGAAAAGAUAGGUCCUCAGUUUCCUGCUUGCACUCUUAAUAUCCCACUGACAGCGGAUAAGCGUUCCAGCCACUGUGUUUGCUUACCCUUUGGCUAUGAGCUUAAAAGUUUAGUAAGCGAGCAGGACAACUUGACAAAGGGGGAGGAAAGAAGCACUGAAUUAGCAGCUGGAGAGAUCAGAAGAAGAAAUGAUUAUGAAGUGGCUCCUCUGCCCUUUGGAAAAUACCGCAGUAAAUUGUUGCACUUCAAGUCAUACAGGUUGAGCCCGUAUUUCAGACUCAAAGAUGAACUUUCCCUUACUUCUUUAACAUUCUCCAAUAAAUUGGAUCCUACAUGGCCUCUUUGCAACUUUGACUUGCAAGGCAAAUGUAAUGACGAUGACUGUAAAUUCCAACACUUUGUCAAAUGCAAGAUGUCACAAGAAGAAAUACUUCAGGAUUUGGCGGCUUACAAUCCAAACCUCACUGCAGAUUUUAAAGAUGUGAAGGAGAUGCAAGAGAAUGUUGAAUCUUUUACAAAGGCUUUCGCAAAGCAAUAUCAAGACAAAAUGUCGUGGGACGAAAUUUGUAUUUUAUUGGUUAAUGAUGUGAGGAAGAGUAGGAAAGAAAAUGGACCUUUUAACAUCUGCCUUCAACCACGCACUUGGAAGCUUCAAAAGACUGAUAAGAAAAAGAUUGAAUAUGAAGAUGAAGCAGUAGUUUCUGAUAUAGGGAAGGGAAUAAAUUUUACCAACAGAGAUAAAGUUCACGGUGUAGCAUCCAAAAACAGCAAGUCUGUAGGACAUCAAUUGAGGGUUUCUGGCGAGGAAAGUCAAGAAAUACGCUACUUUUCGGAGGAGUACGACAACAUUGAAUCUCUCGAAACAUCGUUAGAAAAUUCUCCUGGUGAUGUGGCUCUAUGGCUCAAGUUAGCAAGACUGAAACUUCAUCAAAGCAACAGCACUGCUGAAGGGGAAGAGGAGGACACUUACAACAAUAAUGUUAUGCAGGCACUCAGUACACUUUCCAGAGGAUUGGAGGAAAAUAAUCAGUCAGAGGAGUUAUGGUUAGAGUACUUGGAGUUAUAUUCUUCACAGAGCAGUAGAGAGGAGCUCAACGAGAUCUGUGACCAAGCUGUGGAGUUUUCUCCCACCUACAGUGUUUGGUGGAAGUAUUUGGAGUAUUCGCGAACGUACAUUGAUAAGAGGAAUGUUUGUAUACGUCUUAUCUCUUUUCUGACAUUAAAUCCCAUUUAUCCAGUGGAGCUUCGUUCUCACUUUAUCCUGGAAACAUUGCUUUACCUCGUUCAACUAGAACUCUAUUCUGGACAUUACGCGUCAGCUGUACUUGUGUUCAAAUCGGCUCUAACUAAGAAAACUCACGAUCAUGGUGAUGUUCCAGAAUUGUCCAGCUUUCUGUUGGCCUCAGACUAUUGUUGUGCUUGGUUAGGAUAUAUACAUGUGGUUGAAUUCCACCGUCUUCCUUCCCCAUGGUUUGAUCCUAGUCGUGGUGAACCUUCCAAGAUGGUGACAAAGGAAAACUUUGUUUUCCCGUGGAAACCAUCGCAGCAAUCGAGAGCCCCUGGAAAGAAGUUACGGGUGUUGUUUCAAGAUGCAUUGAAAGCUUGUGGUGAAGUAGCAAAACCUCCCGUUGACAAAUUUGCCAUUUGCCUUCCACUUUACAAGAACCUCAUUGCUUUGGAGAGAGCAUAUGGAAGAGUUGACUCUGCCAGAGAAAUCUGUCGCCAUCUGCUAAAGGACCAUCCAACUUCAGUGAUGCUGUGGCAGUGUCUUGCAGCACUUGAAGACUCGCCGGAGAAGGGUGGACAUGCAGAACAGGUGUGCAUAGAGGCGCUGGAAAAGUGUGGAGCCAGUGCUGAGUUGUCUUACAGUGCAGCACGCUUUUACCUUCAGCAGAACGAAGUCCAGAAGGCCGUAUCAGUUCUCAUCAAGAGUGUUCGUAACAAGUUUGCGGCGAAGAAAGAAUCACAAGGAUGCGAGGUACAAAGCUUGGCUGCUGUUUCUGCAGAGGACCAGGCUGGUGAUCCUGUUGCGUUGUAUCGUCGACUCCUAUCCCUGCCCCUCCCUUAUGACUACAAGUGUCCACCUCUGUUGCCAGGAGUUGACCCACAAAGUCUGGGCAGAGAAAAGGUCUUUCUCUGGUUAUCUUAUUGCUUGUUACUAGAGAUUGCUCCUCCACCAAAUACUUCAUGGGGAAACUUAACUCCCGAGGCAGCAUUUGAAACUGCAGUGCAUAGCCCUCUACCCAGACAUGAUGUGCAGGUACUGUGGACUGAGUACCUGUUCUAUCAGAGAUCCAAAGCGUUACAUGACAGACACUCCAUGGACGAGUUGGUUAACAGAUGUUUAAUGUCUGUGAGUACCAGCAGUUCUCUGCCUCAUUCUUCAAGCGCUGUCUGGCGGGAUUACAGAUUUCACAAUCAGAUAAUCAGUUUGUCUUUGAGCUGCCAUCCACAGUCAUCCUGGUCAUCCGUAUUUCAAAAUUACUUGAGGAUUUUUCCUGGGAAUGUUAUGUUAGCACUACGGGCUUGUCAGCAUGAGGUAGAGAGUAAAAAUUACGACCAAGCAAAAAGGAUCAGUGCAUCUUUCCUCUCAAGCAAUCCUUACAGUAUAAGCAUGUGGAAAGUUGCCAUUUCCCUUGAGCUACAAAGGAAUUGUAAUAAGGAGGCGCGCAAGAUGUACCAUCAGGCCGCAGAAAUUUUACCAUUUGCCGCAACUAUCUGGAAAGAUUUUUUGAUGUUUGAACUUGCCCGAGGUGGCGAUGGAUCUGCCGUUCAAGAGAUUCUAGCCAAGAGCCGACAAAUCGGUGUCAAAGUUGAGGAAUUUUUGAACACACUUUUGGGUAAAUGAGUGCUCGUGUUCUUUUCGAUAAAGGUGAUCGUUUGAAAACGAAACGAAAAAUCUUGGUUCAAGGAAAAUGUGGUAAACGUGACAAGGUGUACAGUUUUGUACCGGCUCCGUUUCGGACACCAUUAAGGUUAAAAAUGUAAAUGGACUGUCUUUUUUAUUGUCGGGUUAAAUUUGGAUUUCAGUAAGCUGCAGAAAGGUAAGGUACAUGAUUUUCCCGCCACAACAGCAGGACUGAAAAACCAAAGGAAUCAUUUGAUUUAAGGCAAAGUAUUUGUUCACUCACGAUGAUUGUUAUUUAUAUAGUAGAAAAUUAUAUAUUUUUUGCAUUUUUUCAAAACUUUUCUAUAUGCAUUUUGGUUUCUAGAACAACCAGCUUUCGAAUAUGAUUUCAGGCAGGGAGGGUAUUUCUCAGACAAAGCCCGAACACUGGCAGCUGUUACUACUAGUUGCCGCGAAAGAUAAUUUCAGGCGAUACAACUGUCUUCGGUAGCCAAUGAGUUGAUUAUCUUUUUGACAAAUCACCGUAUUUCUUAGUUAUAUUUUUAAUUUAUUAAAAGAAACAGGAACAGAUCGUUUUUGUAUUGAUUCGUUCGUCUUUGUCUAUGUUAUGCAUACGUGUUUUAUUUUCGUGUGUUUGUUGUCCAGGCCACCCAUGGCUUGUUACUGAGAAACUUGCUUUGUUUUCGAAUGUGUCGUGAUCAUUUGUUCUCAUCCUUCGCCGGAUGUUUCAGUUUUGUUUCUUCUUUUGGUCCUAUGUUUUUGUUUCGCGUUUUAAACUUUAGAGGAGGCGAUGGUAGGUAGUCAGUCGGUCAAUCUGCUGGUCAGUUGGUGUGUCUGUCUGCCCGUCAGUUAGAGGAUCGUUCAUACAGUCAGUCACUCGUCAGCCAACUUUCUAGCUUCUCUUCGUUCAGCCAUGCCGUCAGGCAGUAAGUCGGAGAGACAGAUAGUCAGAUGAGUAGUCAGUCAGAUGAUUAGCCAGCCAGAUGGGUAAUCAGUCAGUAAAUCAGUCAGUCAUGCAGUCAAUGAGUCUGUCAGCCAGUCUGCUGGUGCGUUCUUCAGUCAUUGUAAGUUUUAAGAAAGAAGAUUACGCUAGUUCUUUAUCUCAUUUGGUGUCUUACUCAUGUCAAAGUUUACUUGUUUUUCACUUCACCAUUACAGACCUCUGUUUAUAUCGUGUUGUAUUAACUCGUAAAUUUCCCUUCCUUUUACCAUCCGAUUCUGCUCUACUACUCAAUCGAUCCUUCAUUACAAAGGGUAGCGUGUUUAUGUAAUGUUUUCUAGGGUGUUCAUGAGAAAAUGAGAGAGAGAGAGAAGGGAGACAGUUGUGUGACUGUUGAGUGUUUUGGCGUAUUGUUGCUUCGUUUUUCUCUGUAGGACUCUCGGAGCAGAUUAACGAAGCUAAUGAGAACAAAGCUACGUUUACAAGACAGCCUACAUACACUGCAUACAGUGUGUGCUUCGAAGGCUAAUAUUGUAUGUGGAAUCGAGACCGAUUAAAAGAAUGGCUUACAUGCCUAACAGAGCAAGAAAAUGGAAACAAGACCUUUAACACCUUAAAGGGUACAAUUAUAGCCUUACCCUUAACGAGAUCGGAUUAAAACCUCGAAUUCACCGAGGUUGCAAAGAAGACUUCUCAAACUUGGUGCUUUUCACACUGGUCCAUUUUUAGCGACGAGUGCAGAUGUAAUUUUGUAAGUGGAACAAACAAGCGUUUGGUCGAGGCAAAAGAGUUAUUUAUUGUAUAGUGCGUUCGUCGGUUAACCUUUCAACUCCCAAGUUCUGCUUUGAAAUUCUCCAUUCUAGCUGUUAUACUUUUUCAUGUGAAGUAGUUAAGAGAAUUACACCCUAAAUCUUCCUGUUCACAUUCACCUUUUGAAUGGUUAUGUAUUGACAUUUUAAGGAUAAGUUACAUAAGUUACACUUGUGGGAGCUGAAGGGUUAAGUACUUUGAAACUGAGAAAGAUUUGAAUGGGAUGGAAAACGAGAAAUAAGAAGAACAGGUGUAAGGAAAAAACAAUUUAGCUCCAAAGGCGUUACCACGGUUACACUGAGAAAUGGAAUAGUUACAAUGCGGUAUUGCCUCUAGAUUGCAAUAUAAGAGAAAAAAAAGUAGGAAAGGGGCACAAGCUUCCUUUUUGCCUCCAUUUUUUUCGUAUUUACUGUUUGUUUGUUUCUCGUUUGCUUUUUAACUGGUACAGUUUCUGGGAUGAACUUCAUUCAAUAUUAAAAUCUUUGUCAACUUACUUUACUUAUGUGAAGGAUGUACGAUACUAAAAUCGUGAUAUGUGAACAUGGUGCGUCUGGUAGAAUUCUCGCUUAUUUCAUCUGAGGUUCAUUGUGUUUACUCAUUUUAAUUAAGGUUGACCACGUAACUCAUUCUACUAGAAGCAAAAAAAAAAUACUAUUUUACUUUUAACGUAUGCCUACUUUUCAAUAUUUCUGUUGCGUAAUUUUUUGUAUCACUUAAAUUUGUUAAUUAAAACUGGUUGCAGUAA